AUGGACGAUUUCAUCAUGAAAGUGGUGACAAUCAUAAUCAUGUGUAUCGGCCUUCCUUUAACCCUUGUGGCCAUCUAUGCUGUUUAUUCUCUGGUGAAAGAUGAUCAUGUUGUUCCGAUCUACGUCAUCAACCUUCUCAUUACUGACCUCAUUCAGCUCUGCUGCAUGAUCACUCGGGUGCUACCUGAGGACUGGAUAUUCAAUGGUGGAUUUAUUUCUCUGACUGAAUUGAUUUUAUUUUUCAUCUACCUCUAUUGUCUGGUGGCCAGUAUUGGUUUCAUGGUGUGCAUCGCCCUGGAAAGGUAUUUAGUCAUCACCUGCCCACUGUGGUACCGCUUCAGACGAACCAUCAAGGUCUCUGUGCUGGUCUGUGUCGUGGUCUGGGCCCUUCCUGCUGUCAUUUACUGUCUCCUCAUUACUGGAAGGAACUCAGAAACCAUCGUUGGCAUCCUCCUCCUCCUUCCUCUCCCACUGUUCAUAUUCUUCCUUGGUGGGACCCUCAAAGCCCUGUCUGCUUCCAUCUCUGUCCACUCUGAUGAAAAACGAAGAAUUGUAGGAAUGUUGGUCCUGGUGCUGCUUAUUUACACACUGUUGUUCCUGCCCACCAUUAUUUUGUUCUUGGCACAGGGAAGCAGUGAUAUCGAUGAACGUAAGCUAAGCAACCUGUCUUUAAUGUUUGUACAGUUGAGUCCUCUGGCAGACUUAUUUCUGUAUAUUUUUGUGAGGAAAGGGACCAUUGACAAGCUGUUGGCUUCUGUGUGUUGUUGCAGAAUGGACAGUGAUGAUAUCAGCAGUCCAGUGUGAAUGAUGACAAAAUGUCCACAGUCAGCUUCAUGUAGGCAGAGAAAGAGAGACAGAGAUCUGGGGCUAUUCAUAAAACAUUCAGGGCUGAGGCCUCAGACAGCCAGGCUUAAAGACGCCACUGGUUAUAGCUAAUGUGUGUCUGUCCCAAACUGUGUUUGUUUUGCUUUUUUAAUCUUUAUUUCAUACAAAUAGUUUUGCUGUUUUUGUGGGAGGCACGUAGGAAGUGAUUCAGAGCAGGAUUACGCAACAGUUGCAAUGUGCUUAACAAUAUUGAUAAAUUCUUACUUCACAGUGAUGCUAAUGGAAAAACAGAACAGCAGAAGUAGGUACUAAUUCAUUGACAUGGUAAAAUGAAGUCAAAUGAAAUGGGUCAGUGUGUUGGUGCAUGUAUGUCGACAAAGUUCUCAAGAAGAACCAGUGACACACAGAGACAGUAUUGGUCACUGACGUGACAGAUGAUUGUGGGCUUAGAUGUCUGGGCUGAUUAGUCAACACCACAGCACACAUCUUGUGCAUCCAUGUAUUGCUUUCAUUGCUGAUGCUGUUCCACUCCCAGUUAAAGAUGACUUUGGU